AUGUCAAGUGUGCAAUUGGAACUGCGUGACUGGUGCCCGUGCAGACAGCAUGCAGUCGUCACUAAGAGAUUCAUGAUUCACUUCAAAGCAGAGCGGAGCCGGGUCUGGAGCGGGGUCUGCGGCCGGUGGAGCAGGAGGAGGAGGAGGGGGCUGGCCGGGGCGGGGCGCGGCGAAAAACAACACGAAAGGAAACUAGCAGGUGACCGCGGUGGGCUGAGCUGCGGCAGCCUCCCCGAAUCCCUCCGCAGGAGGCCGCCUUUCCUCAAAUCCUUCCCUUCUGGCCUUGCUGAGCGCCUGCUGGGCCCCAGGCUCUGGGAUUACAGAGGUGAACCAGCUGGGGGCUCAGGCCUGGCUGCCUCCCAGCAGGAGGGCCCCACGACCCCUCUGUAUUCCUGCUUCCCUAGGGCCUGCGUCAGUUGGUGGGUCGGGUUAAGGGUGCUGUGUUUGCGGCUGCGCCCCAACCCGGCCCCCAGGUUUCGACCUUUGCCGCUGCAUUUGGACUCUGGACACGAGGUUCUCAGACGUGCUUUGACCUUGCUCUGGUUCAGCUCACUGGUUUCUAACACACGUGUUUGCACAUGGUGCCCAGACGCCUUCCCAGGCAGGAUCUUCGCUCCCAUCAUGCCUGCCUGCCUCCAGAGCGCCCGACUGAAAAUCCAUGCCCUGCGGGUCUGUUUCGCCGCCGCUGGUGCGGGCCUCAUGGCCGAUGGUAUCCCAACGGCAGGAGCACACGCAGAAGAGGUCCGACGGGGAGAUCAGAGGUCGCAGAGAUGGGGGGGCCAGGCUGGCUCCUUUGAUAACACCUCUCUCUCUCACGGCAAGUAACCAGGGCCCUGGGAUAACUACAUUCACACUUUCAGAGGGCAGUGCCCCCACAACUCACCUUCCUCUGGACCCCACCUUUUAAGGGUCCCGCCACCAUCCAACAUCUCCAUGCUGGGAUUAAGCUGCUCACCUGGAACCUUUGAGCUGCCACUCAAACCCUAUCCAAGCCAUGCCCAUAGGAGGCUCCCUAGGCUCCUCUGAGUGUGCUCUCUAGCGGCUGUAGAUUUCCCUACUAUAACCAGUUCUGGAAGAGAAAUGAAUGGAGCCUGUGAGCCACCACUGAACGGUCUUUCCACGUGGACUUCUCGAGGCAGCCACACUUGCUGGGUAACCUCCAGAGCUUGUGAUCACAACAGAAUUGAAGGCUAUCACAAAAUGUGGCGCAAAUGCCCACCCUUCGCUGGGUUUGAUGUUCACCUGAACCAUGAAUCUUCAGUCAG